AUGAAAGAUUUCCCUCUGAAUGAGCUUUUCGCUGCAACUGAAGUCGACAAGAUCCGCGCGGCGGUGCACUCGAUCUUCUGUCACUUGAAAAAGAUCCGCUCUUGCCAGGAAUAUCCAGUUCAACGAGCUCUUCGCCUGAUUGAAGCCAUCUCCCGUGAUCUUGUCCAGCAGAUGGUCAAGGUUCUUUCGACCCGACGGCUGAUGCAUAUUCAAAACGACGACUUUGAAAAGAUUCUCUACCAAUGCUUCGAGGUAUUCUCUGCCUGGGACGAGCAAUACGAGCAGCUCCAGGGCACCUUGAGAGAUAUCGCGAAAAAGAAGCGCGAAGAGCCUUUGAAGAUUUCCUGGCGAGUGAAUCCAGCUCACAAGCUUCUCCAAACUCGAAUCGACCAGAUGCGCAACUUCCGUCGACAACACGAGCAGCUCCGAUCCGUCAUUUCUCGAGUUCUCCGCGCUACGGAGGAAGAGAGCAGCGCUAUUGGCGAGAUCGAUCAAGCCUACGAAGUCGUCAAGGAAGUCGACUGCCUCGACACAGCUAAAGAAGGAAUCGAAGCUUGGGAAUCUGCAGUGAAAAGAUACGAUGAACGCAUUGAUCGCGUUGAAAGCAGAAUCACCGCUCGUCUUCGUGAUCAACUUGGUCUUGCAAAAUCUGCAAAUGAAAUGUUCCGAAUCUUUUCUCGAUUCAACGCGCUUUUCAUUCGACCUCAUAUUCGAGGAGCCAUCCGCGAGUAUCAAAAUCAACUGAUUCAUCGAGUCAAGGAAGACAUCGACCAGCUUCAUGAAAAGUUCAAAGUCCGUUAUCCGGAAUCGAGAGGUUGUGCAUUUGCGGCCGGGCGAGACAUCCCUCCUGUAUCUGGAAAUAUCAUCUGGGCCAAGCAGAUUGAGAAGCAGUUGGAGACUUAUCUAAGACGCGUAGAAGAUGUUCUGGGAAAGAGCUGGCAAGAUCACGCUGAAGGUCAAAAACUGAAAGAAGAUGGAGAUGCUUUCAAAGCGCUUCUUGAUGCAAAACCUGCCUUUGACGCUUGGGUCACUCGUGUUCAAAAUCGAAACUUUUCAAUCACAGGCAAGAUCUUUGCAAUUGAAAAGAAGCGAUUGGAAACGGAGAACGAGGAAGACCUUGAUGCGCGAAUUCUUGAACUCAAGAUCAACUUUCAGCAGGAGAUCAUCACGCUUUCAAAGGAAGUUCGAAAUCUGAAGUGGCUUGGAUAUCGAGUGCCAUUGACCAUCAUCAACAAGGCGCAUCAGGCGAAUCAGCUCUACCCAUUCGCCGUUUCUCUCACAGAAUCUCUCAACACCUACCGAGCAGUAACUCGAAGAACUCAAGACCGUCCGUCAUUGAAAACGCUUCUCGCUGAACGGAUCAACCAGCUGAUUGGAAUGAUUCACGAAGGCGCUGAUCUCGUCUGGGACUCUUACAAACUCGAGUCAUACACGCAAAAGUUUCAAGACGGUGUUUUUGCCUUCCAAGAAAAAGUUGAAGAUCUCAUCUCUCUUGAUGACACCAUUGCUGAUCAAGUCAAGUUGCUCGCCACGUGCCCUUACAACUACAAGUCUUUUGUUUCGAUCCUGAACAAGAUCCAAGGGUCAGUUGAUGAAAUGGUGAAUCAUUUGUAUUCGAACUUGCAAUUUUGGGUCCAGCGCCUCGACCAGCAAAUUGAACAUAUUCUUGCCACCCGACUUGAAGAAGCUCUUAACAUUUGGGCUGAUGAACUUGAAGGUAAAAUCCAAGAAAUCGACGAGGACGAGGAUGUUCCUGAGUCCCGACCUAUUCCGCAGAUCAAAAAGAUCAGUUUGGAAAUGCGACUCAACAACCAGGUGCUCUUCUGUCACCCGCCAACUCAGUCCGUUUAUCAAAAUCUUGUGAGACAAAUGCAAGAAUGGCAAAACAUCAUCCUCCGAUUGCCACGUAUCCAAGCUCAUAAAUACCAAGUCGGUGUUGUUGAGCGCCAGUCUGAUAUCGAUCUUCAUUAUCGAAGCGUCAUCUCCAAAUUGCCCUCUGGAAACAUUACGUUGGACAACAUCUAUAACGCCGUGCAGAAGGUGAACUCUGAGGUGCAGGGCUACGUCAGCAAAUGGCUCCAUUACCAAUUCCUUUGGGACAUGCAGCCGCAAGCUAUCUACGACGCCAUGGGUACUGACGUUGAAACCUGGCAGGCGAUGCUCGUUGAUGUCCGAAAACGCCGACAGACCUUCGACACCAGCGAGUCAGUUUUUAUCACUGGCCCGGUCAACAUCGAAUUUGCCAAAGUCCAGUCAAAAGUUUCGCUGAAGUAUGAUGCUUGGCAUAAAGAAAUGCUUGCCUCUUUCGGAGCAAUGAUGAGCGAUCACAUGACCGACUUCCAUGUUGAGAUCUCACGAGCUCGAUCCGAUCUUGAAAAUUCUACAACCGAAUCUGCUCACACGUCUGACGCCGUUCAGCUGAUCACUCAAGUUCAAAAGAUGAAGCUCCAGAUGAAAGAGUGGGAGACUAAAGUUGAACAGUACAAGACCGGUCAGAAACUCCUCGAGAAACAGCGUUACCAGUUCCCACAAAACUGGCUCUACAUCGACAACAUUGAAGGUGAAUGGAGCGCAUUCCAGGAUAUUCACAAGCGAAAAGACACUGCGAUCCAAUCACAGAUUGCUUCACUUCAAUUGCGAAUUGUGUCUGAGGACAAAGUCGUCGAAGAAAAAACUGCAGAUCUCUUGUCUGAUUGGGACCGAGGCAAACCAGUUUCGCCAACCGUCAAGCCUGCUGAUGCCCUUAACUCUUUGACCAUCUUUAGCACUAAAUUCCAGCGAAUUGAAGACGAUCGUGAGAAUCAACGUCAAGCAAAGGAAGCUCUUGAGCUUACAGACAACUCAUCAUCAACAUCUAUUGCUGAGCGACUUACAGUCGCCCUUGAAGAGCUCAGUGAUCUGAAGGAAAUCUGGAGUGAGCUGGCUAAGGUCAGCAAUCAGCUGGAGCAGCUCAAAGAGCAAUCGUGGCAAGUGAUUCAACCAAGAAAAAUCAGAAAGAAUUUGGACGAGUUACGGGAACAAAUGAAAAACUUUCCCGCUCGACUUCGUCAGUACGCAUCGUAUGAGCAUGUUCUUGGUCGAAUCAAAGCUUAUAUGAAACACAACUGGAUCAUUGUCGAGUUGAAGUCUUCAACUGUCAAGGAGCGUCACUGGAAACAACUCACUAAGAACCUCCGUGUCAGUUGGAACAUGGUCGACCUUUGCCUUGGUGAUCUUUGGGAUCUCGAUCUUGCACGACACGAGCAAGUUUUCAAAGAUGUCUUGCUUGUCGCCCAGGGUGAAAUGGCUCUCGAGCAGUUCCUCAACCAAGUCAAGGAUGCCUGGCAAAAUUACGAGCUGGAUUUAGUCAACUAUCAGAACAAGUGCAAGCUGAUCCGAGGCUGGGAUGAUCUUUUCAACAAACUGAAAGAGCACAUCAAUUCUGUCUCUCAAAUGCGCUUGUCGCCUUACUACAAAGUUUUCGAAGAUGAAGCAUCCAGCUGGGACGAAAAAUUGAACAAGAUGAAUGUUAUUUUCGACUUGUGGAUCGACGUUCAGAGACGAUGGGUCUACUUGGAGGGUAUUUUCACUGGAUCCGCUGAUCUGCCUCAUCUCCUCCCGCAAGAGACGCAACGCUUCGCUUCUAUCUCAUCAGAAUUUUUGAAUUUGAUGAAAAAAGUUUCUCGAGCACCGCUUGUUCUUGAUGUUAUCACCAUUCCUGGUGCUCAGCGUAAUUUAGAGCGACUUGGAGACCUUCUCGCAAAGAUUCAAAAGGCUCUCGGUGAGUAUCUUGAGAGAGAACGAUCUGCAUUUCCUCGAUUCUACUUCGUUGGAGAUGAAGAUCUUUUGGAGAUCAUCGGUAACUCAAAAGCUAUCGGAAAGCUUCAGAAGCAUUUCAAAAAGAUGUUUGCUGGCAUCCACGGUCUUAUUUUAUCCGAAGAUGAAAAAACCAUCCUUGGUGUUUCUUCCAAAGAAGGCGAGGAACUCAAAUACAUCAAUCCGGUUGACACCGUGAAGUUCCCUAAAAUCAACGAAUGGCUCGGACUAGUUGAGAAAUCAAUGAAGGAGUCUCUUGCUACUGGCCUGGCUAAAUCAACAUCUUCCUAUGCUGCUAUCAUGGCGAAAGAGAACCUAACCCCGCAAGAUUUCUUUGAGUGGCUUGACAAUUCGCAAUCACAGCUUGUUGUCCUGUCUAGCCAAAUCCACUGGACUGAAAUGACUGAAAAAGCGAUUGAAAGUGGCUCCAUGGAUUCUGCUCUUGCGAAGGUUGAAUCUAACUUGACUCUUCUGGCUGAUUCCGUUCUUCAAGAACAACCACCAAUCCGGCGCAAGAAGCUUGAGCACUUGAUAAUGGAAAGUGUCUAUCAGCGCGAUACCAUUCGAGAGUUGAAAAAGCAGGGAAUUUCAUCUGGAAAGGAUUUUGAAUGGCUCAGCCAGAUGCGAUUCUACUACGACUCAUCAAAGAAUGUUCUUCAAUCGCUUACUGUGAAGAUGGCGAAUGCUAACUUUGAUUAUGGCUUCGAAUACCUCGGCCUUACUGAUAAGCUCGUUCAAACGCCUCUUACUACUCGAUGCUGGCUCACAAUGACGCAAGCCCUUGAUUCGCGGUUUGGUGGGUCUCCUUUUGGUCCCGCUGGUACCGGUAAAACUGAGUCCGUCAAAGCCCUGGGUAAUGCUCUUGGUCGUUUCACGCUUGUCUUCAAUUGUGAUGAAACUUUUGAUUUCCAAGCUAUGGGUCGAAUCUUCAUCGGUCUCUGUCAGGUCGGUGCAUGGGGCUGCUUCGAUGAGUUUAAUCGUCUUGAAGAGCGAAUUCUUUCAGCUGUUUCGCAACAGAUUCAAACGAUUCAAGAGUCCCUCAAACUUACGAAGAACUCCGCCAUUGUUCCAAAGAUACAGCUUCUUGGUAAAAAUGUUAAUGUCUCCAGCGACAUGGCAAUUUUCAUCACAAUGAAUCCUGGAUAUGCUGGUCGAUCCAAUCUGCCUGAUAACUUGAAGAAGCUCUUCCGGUCACUUGCCAUGACUAAACCCGAUCGCAAGCUUAUCGCGGAAGUUCUACUCUAUUCACAAGGCUUCCGAAUGGCUGAACUGCUCUCCAAAAAGGUCGUUCCAUUCUUCGAGCUUUGCAAUGAACAGCUCAGUUCUCAAUCUCACUAUGAUUUUGGUCUUCGAGCGCUCAAAUCUGUCCUCGCUGCAGCGGGUAAUGUAAAGCGAAAUAAAAUUCUUACGCUUAUGAAACAAGCGGUGGAUUCUGGCGAUAGUGUUACCGAAGAACAGCUGGCCGAGCAACUCCCAGAGCAAGAAAUUCUCAUUCAGGCUAUUUCUGAGACUAUGCUUCCAAAGCUUGUUGCCGAUGAUAUUCCAUUGCUUCAUUCACUUCUUGCUGAUGUAUUCCCUGGAAUUCCGUACAACCGAGCGGCGAUGACAAAUCUGAAAGAAAAAAUCAAGAUUGUCUGCAAAAACAACCACUACGUCUACGGCGAUGCAGAAAACGAAGAAAACGGAAGUGCUUGGGUCGACAAAGUGCUUCAACUUUGCCAGAUUCAAAAUAUUAAUCACGGCGUGAUGAUGGUUGGUCCAUCUGGAUCGGGUAAAUCCGCCGCCUGGCAAACUCUUCUUGCUGCACUCGAGAUGCUUGAUGGUACUGAGGGCGUCGCUUACGUCAUUGAUCCAAAGGCUAUCUCAAAAGAAGAACUUUACGGUAAUCUGGACCCGAAUACUCGAGAAUGGACUGAUGGUCUCUUCACUGCGAUCCUUCGAAGAAUCGUCGACAACGUCCGAGGUGAGUCCAACAAACGACACUGGAUUAUCUUCGAUGGUGAUGUCGAUCCCGAGUGGGUAGAAAACUUGAACUCUGUGUUGGAUGACAACAAGCUCCUCACAUUGCCGAAUGGUGAACGAUUGAGCAUUCCUCCUAAUCUGAGAAUCAUGUUCGAAGUCGAGCACUUGAAAUAUGCGACCCUCGCCACCGUUUCUCGUUGUGGAAUGAUCUGGUUCUCUGACGAAGUCUUGACCAUUGAUAUGAUCUGUCGAUACUUCCUCAACUCACUUCAGCAUAAUUUGAUCGAAUCAUCUGAAACUGGUAUCGCUGGAAAAGAUGAAGAAGCUGAAGUUCUCGCAACUCAGGCGCAAGUCUGCUCCGCAAUUGAAGAGUUCUUCCUUUCCGAUGGUCUCGCUGCAAAAUGCUUGGAAUACUCCUACGAGUUGAAUCAUAUUAUGGAAGCCAACAAACUUCGCAUGCUCGACUCUCUAUUCUCCAUGCUCCGCCAGGCAGUUCGAUCGAUUGUGCAAUACAAUCAAACCCAUCCCGAUUUCAAUCUUUCCGCUGAUAUAGUAGAAAAGUACUGCCAGAAAUUCCUCGUGUAUUCGAUGGUCUGGUGCUUCUCUGGUGAUGGUAAACUAUCUGAAAGGAAGCUGAUGGGCGAUUUCAUUGCUCGAUCAACUGUCAUUCCUCUCCCGACUAUUCCACCAGACGGAUCCCUCAUCGAUUUCUUCCCUGAGAUUUCGACCGGUGAAUGGAGCAUGUGGUCAUCCAAAGUCCCACAAGUUGAGAUCGAGACCCAUCGUGUUACUGCGACUGAUGUUGUCAUUCCAACAAUGGAUACUGUUCGUCACGAAUCAUUGCUCUACACUUGGCUCGCUGAACACAAGCCCAUCUGUCUAUGCGGUCCUCCUGGUUCCGGUAAGACGAUGACGCUGUUUUCGGCUCUCCGAGCUCUUCCUGACCUCGAAGUUGUCGGUCUAAACUUUUCGAGCGCUACGACUCCCGAACUUCUUCUGAAGACAUUUGAGCACUACUGCGAGUACCGACGAACGCCAAAUGGAAUAGUCAUGGCACCAAUUCAGCUUCAGAAAUGGCUAGUCUUAUUCUGUGACGAAAUCAACUUGCCGGAUUAUGACGAGUACGGCACUGCCCGAGUUAUUUCCUUCCUCCGUCAAAUCAUUGAGCGACAAGGAUUCUACCGAAAAUCUGAUCAGCAGUUUGUCAAACUUGAGCGAAUUCAAAUCGUUGGCGCUUGCAAUCCUCCAACUGAUCCCGGUCGAAAGCCAAUGACCGACCGUUUCUUGCGACACGUUCCUGUUGUCUAUGUCGAUUAUCCCGGAAAAGAGUCUCUCACUCAAAUUUACGGCACCUUCAAUCGAGCCAUGUUGCGAAUGGUUCCAGACUUACGACCAUAUUCUGAACCCUUGACAAAUGCCAUGGUCGAUUUAUACAUACAAUCUCAGGAGCGAUUCACUCAAGAUAUGCAGCCUCAUUAUGUUUACUCUCCUCGUGAGAUGUCACGAUGGGUUCGUGGUAUUGCAGAAGCUCUCAAGCCUCUUGAAUCUCUUUCUGUCGAAGGCCUUGUUCGUAUUUGGGCACACGAAGCUUUACGUCUUUUCCACGAUCGUUUGGUCUACGACGAUGAACGAAACUGGACCGAGACCAAGGUCGACGAAGUAGCGACAAAACACUUCCCGAAUAUGGACCGCCUCGAAGCUCUCAAACGACCAAUUCUCUAUUCCAACUGGCUGAGCAAGGACUACGUCCCUGUUGACCGUGAAGAGCUUCGUGAGUACGUGAAGGCUCGCCUCCGUGUUUUCUACGAAGAAGAGCUCGAUGUUCAACUUGUUCUUUUCAACUCUGUUCUCGAUCAUGUUCUUCGAAUUGAUCGUAUUUUCCGACAACCACAAGGUCAUCUUUUGUUGAUCGGUACUUCUGGCUCUGGUAAGACCACUUUAUCUCGCUUUGUUGCGUGGAUGAAUGGACUCUCGGUUUUCCAAGUGAAGGUUCAUAGAAAAUACACCGGCGAAAACUUCGAUGACGAUUUACGAAAUGUUCUCCGAAGAGCUGGAUGCAAAGGCGAGAAGAUCGCAUUCAUCAUGGACGAGUCAAAUGUUUUGGACUCCUCCUUCCUUGAACGAAUGAACACUCUUUUGGCCAACGGCGAAGUUCCUGGUCUUUUUGAAGGGGAUGAGCUCUCAACGCUAAUGACAAUGUGCAAAGAAGGUGCCGCCCGAGAAGGUCUUAUGCUUGACUCACAUGAUGAGCUCUAUCGAUGGUUCACUGGUGAAGUCACCAAGAAUCUUCAUGUCGUUUUCACGAUGAAUCCAACUGACGAUGGUCUCGCUGGAGCUGCAGCCACAUCUCCUGCUUUAUUCAAUCGAUGUGUUCUCAACUGGUUUGGCGAUUGGAAUUCUGAAGCUCUGUAUCAGGUGGCUCUUGAAUUCACCAACAAGAUGGACAUUGACAAAGCCGACUACAAUCCACCAUCGAACAUGGCUCUUGCUUUCCCAGAAGCUCAGCAGCCUUUGACUCAUCGAACAAGUGUUGUCGACACGGCUGUUUACAUCCACAAGACUCUCCAUGCUGCUGUUAAAUCGCUUCAGAAACGAGGAGAUGUCACAUUUACAGUGACUCCUCGACAUUUCUUGGACUUUAUCAACCAAUUUACCAAGAUGAUGGGAGAAAAACGAUCUGAGCUCACAGAACAGCAGAUUCACUUGAACACUGGUCUCAAGAGAAUCAAGGAAACAGUCCAGCAAGUUGACGAGUUGCGCAAAGAGCUGGCAGUCAAGAAAACUUCCCUCACAACUGCGAACGACAACGCGAACGUGAAACUUCAGGCAAUGUUGAAGGGACAGCAAGACGCAGAACAGAAAAAGAAGCAGUCGACCGAAAUGCGUGCGAAGCUAGAAAUCCAGUUGAAGGCCUGUGCCGAAAAGAAGGCAGAAGUCGAGCAAGAUCUCGCAGGUGUGGAACCGGCUGUUGAAGACGCGAAGAAUGCUGUAAAGAGCAUCAAGAAACAGAACUUGCAGGAAUUGAAGGCACUCAACAACCCGCCUCCUGGUGUAAAGCUAGCUUUAGAAGCUGUCUGUAUGCUCCUUGGUGAAGCAUCAUCUGAAUGGUCCCAAAUUCGAAAAACUAUCGUCAAAGACGGAUUUAUUGCCAGUAUUGUCAAUUUUGACUCUGAGCUGAUUCCAGACAAGACGAGAAAGACUUUCCGAUCAAACUUCCUCAAUAAUCCUGAGUACAGCUUUGAAAAAAUCAACAAAGCAUCCAAAGCUUGUGGACCUCUCGUCAAGUGGGCAUCCGCACAGAUUAACUACUCGGACAUGCUGAAGAAAGUUGAUCCACUGCGUCAAGAACUGAAGUCGCUCAUGGACGAGACCGAGCAAAAUAAAAAAGAGUCAGCGGAUAUGGACGCGCUCAUCACUCAACUUGUCACAAAAAUUGAGGAGUACAAGAAGGAAUACGCUGCUUUAAUCGCGAAAGCAGAAGCGAUCAAGGCUGAGAUGCAAACUGUCGAAUCGAAGGUCAAUCGAUCCGAAGGUCUUCUCGCGAAUCUUGGUUCCGAACGUGAGCGUUGGCAAGAGUCCUCAACCAACUUCCAGGCUCAAAUGUCCACUCUUCCGGGAGAUUGUCUUCUUUCCGCCGCUUUCGUAUCAUACGCUGGUUACUUUGACCAAGAAAUGCGAGCCAACCUCGAAAGUGCUUGGAAAGACCGUCUUCUGGAAGCUGAGAUCACAUUCCGCAAGUCUUUGUCGCAGUCUGAAUAUCUCUCAACCGUCGAUAAGCGAAUGGAAUGGCAGCGAAAUGACUUACCAGUUGAUGAUCUUUGUAUUGAAAAUGCGAUCAUGUUGGAGCGAUACAACCGAUACCCUCUUAUCAUUGAUCCUUCUGGACAAGCGACCGGCUACAUCAAAAAGCAAUAUGCCGACAAGAAGAUCGUGUCAACUUCGUUCCUUGACGAUAGUUUCCGAAAACAGCUCGAGUCCUGCUUGCGAUUCGGAAACCCUAUCCUGGUUCACGAUGCAGAAUCAUAUGAUCCGAUUCUGAACCCAGUUUUGAACCGCGAAGUUCGCAAAUCUGGUGGACGUGUUUUGAUCACCAUCGGCGAUCAAGACAUUGAUCUUUCUCCAAGCUUCAAGAUUUUCCUCGCAACUCGUGAUACGACUCAUGAAUUCUCUGCGCCCCUUUGCUCGCGUGUGACUAUGGUCAACUUUACCGUCACCCGAAGCUCGCUUAUGAGCCAGUGCUUGAGCUCUGUUCUGCGUGCUGAGAGACCUGAUGUCGACGCAAAGAGAACUGACAUGUUGAAGCUUCAAGGAGAAUAUCAGCUACGACUUCGCCAGCUCGAACAACAGCUUCUUUCAACUCUCAACGAUGUCAAAGGAAAAAUCCUGGACGACGAUAAAGUCAUAACUGCUCUUGAAACACUCAAGAAGGAGGCUAAGGAAAUAGCCCAAAAAGCGUCCGAAACAGAAGACGUAAUGAACGAAAUCGAGCGAGUAUCUGCUACUUACCAGCCUCUCUCAACCGCCUGUUCGUCCAUUUUCUUUACACUUGACUCGCUACAUAAUAUCAACAGGCUUUACCAAUUCAGCCUCAACUUUUUCUUUGAUAUUUUCAACUCCGCCGUCGCUGAUGGGCCUGCGGGAGCUACUGACAAGGCCGAGCGAUUGGACAAAAUCGUCAAAUUCCUUUUCACGGCUACAUAUCUACGAGCUUCUCGAUCUUUGCUCCACCAGGAUCGUAUCUGUUUCGGACUCCUUCUCGCCAAGAUUGAGCUCGAACUUUUCCAAAACAACAUCGCGCUACCAGAACUCAAUCAUUUCCUACAGAAUCAAGACAUUCUUGUCAAGCCAAACGAAAUCGCUGCUUGUGGAUUCGAUGAUAGCUUCACGGAGCAGCAGAAAGAAAAUCUCAUUCGUCUUCAGAGACGAGUGAAGCAUUUUGGCAACUUGGAUUCGGCAAUCUCCAGCAACCUAGCGGCAAUCAAAUCAUGGAUGGAUAAUAAGACUACAGAGCUUCCAAGUCUUUACGACUCGUCUAACGACUCUCCAGUUUGGCAAGCAGCUCAAAAGCUUCUUAUCAAUCAAGCUUUGAAGCCAUCAAAGAUCAUUGAAUCUUCUCGAAACUUUGUCUCCACAGUCUUCAACGGCCUUUUCGAUCAGUCUGAGCUUACUUGCGCCGAUGUUACCGGCCAAGUCGCCCCGAAUCAGCCUGUCAUUCUCGCCUCACUACCUGGAACCGAUGCUUCUUACGUCGUAGAUGAUCUCGCACGUUCACUCCAGAAUGAAAUGACAUCUGUUGCGAUGGGAUCUCCAGAAGGAUUCACAGAAGCUGAGAAGGCGAUUUCAACUGCUUCUCGAUCUGGAAAAUGGGUUCUUCUCAAGAACGUUCAUCUCGCACCAAGCUGGCUCCAGCAGUUGGAGAAGAAACUUCAUUCACUUAAGCCUCACUCAAAUUUCCGCCUCUUCUUGACGACCGAAAUCUCGCCCAAACUUCCUGUCAAUAUGCUCCGCACAGGACGAAUCCUUACUUAUGAACCGCCACCAGGAAUGAAAGCGUCUCUCACCACCACGAUGACGAACAACAUGAACCGAAUGGGCAAUCAGCCUGCUGAACGAGCUCGUCUCUACUUCCUUCUUGGAUGGUUCCACUCUGUUGUUCAAGAACGAAUGCGAUACACUCCUCUUGGUUGGAGCAAGGUUUAUGAACUCUCAGAUGCAGAACUACGAUCUGGAAUGGAUACCAUCGAUACUUGGAUCGAUUCUGUUGCUAAAGGUCGCUCUAAUGUUGCGCCAGAACAAAUUCCAUGGAAAGCCAUUGGCCGUCUCCUCUCGCAAACCAUAUACGGAGGAAAGAUGGACAACGCAUUUGAUCAGCGACUUCUUGAAAGCUUCCUCGACAAAAUCUUCACCAAAAAAUCUUUCGAGGACGCUUUUGUCUUGGCAAACCCUGAAAACGCUGACGCGCUUGAUGCCCCUAGCGGCACAAAAGCUGCGGACUUCCAAUCCUGGAUUGCAAAGAAUCUCCCAGCUGUCCAAAAACCAUCGUUUAUGGGUCUCCCAGAUAAUGCUGAGACCGUCCUCUUGGCAACAAGAGGUCGUGAAAUGAUUAGGAAGGUGCUUUUGGGAAUGACCAAGGAGCAAGAGAAGGCAAAACUCAACUUGGGUAACCAGCCAGACGCUUUCUUGAGGCCAGCUUGGAUGAGUUCACUUAUGAGUCAGGCUCAGAUUUGGAUGAACAGCUUGCCUGCGUCCCUUCAAGUCCCCAUGAUGGACCAGAGAGAUCCUCUUGCUCGAUAUUUCACGAGAGAAGCGACACGAGGCUCCAAACUUUUGAAUAAAGUCCAAAAGAAUAUCCAGGAAAUCAUGGACAUCUGCGAAGGCAAAGCGAAGCAAACUAACGAGUCGAGAAAAUUGUGCGACGAGCUGACGAAGCAGCAAGUUCCAAAAUCUUGGACCCAAUACAAAUUCAGUCCUCACUUCUCUGUUACUCAAUGGAUCCUUGAUUUCGCCUCCCGUGUCACGCAAUUAGCCAGCAUCAAGGCUAACGAUAUGGAACACCAGCAAAUUUGGUUAGGUGGACUCUUCCAGCCAGAAGCUUGGAUAACUGCAACGCAUCAAUCUGCUGCGCGCAAGUAUAACAUGUCCUUGGAAGACUUGGAGCUCGAGCUACAGUUCGGAAAUGUCGCAGAUGGCUUUAAAGUUAAAGGACUUCGAUUGUACGGGGCAACGGCUGUUGGCGCUGACGCGAUCAAGCUGUCUUCUGAAAUUGAAACCGAAAUCGAGGUUUCAUCGAUCAUCUGGAAACCAUGCUCUGCCAUCGAGAAGAAAGCAUGUGUCCUUCCAGUUUAUCGCAAUUCUGCACGCGCAGAUCUCCUUUUCACCGCCAGUCUCAACUCAAGCAAUACUGAGGGUUCGCUCUACGAGCGUGGCGUGGCAAUUACUACUGCAGAAUAA